AUGGAAAAAAAUGGUGAUCCCAAGAAAAAGGUAAUGGUUGAUCUAUCUCCUUUCUUUCUAUUAGAAGCAGCUGGUGAUUCUGAAGGUGAUCUUGAUGAUACUCAUCAUCAUAACAUGCUCAAGAUGAUGGAAUUUGGAUCUCAUGAUGACCAUGAAGAGGAUGCUGAAUCAUGUAGCUAUGACGUAUGGGAUGCUCAUGCUAAUGUUGUUACUGCUACUGCUACUGCUUCUACAUCAUCUCAUAUCAUCAAUGAAGGAAGAAAUGAUCAUCAUGUAUGCAGAGGAAUUGUACAUGGGAAUGAUGAAUAUGAUGAUGAUGAAAAUGCAAGUAAAUCAGAAAUAAUGUCAACAGCAAAUACAGCAAAUAGCACAAGAAAGUGUUGUGUGGAUUCAAGUGAAGGUAAAAAAAUGAGUGAAAAAGAAAGGAGUAGGCUCUUUUGGGAGACUUGCUUGGCUUCUUGA